AUGGCAGGCGAUUCUGAUAUUCCAAAGCAUUUCCAGGACUGGAAUACCUCUGAGGCACCGAAAAUGAUGCCGUCGAGGAGGACGACGAAUUCCAAACCGUUCUACAAACGACCUUUGGGCAUCGCGAUCAUCGCAGGAGUGACAAUUGCGAUUCUGAUCGCGAUCAUCGUUCCUCUCGCCGUCAUUCUACCCAAACGAGGACGAAAACACGAUGCGACGGUCAUUCUUCCCCUCUACAUCUACCCGGACGAGACGAGCACCUGGAACCCGCUCUACGAUUCGUUGAAAGCAAACCCGCAGUUGCAAUUUUUGGUGAUUGUGAACCCAGCCAGUGGACCCGGCUCUUCGCAGUAUCCCGACGAAAAGUACCAAGUUGAGAUUGAGAAACUCAACGGCUACCCGAAUGUGGAGACUGUGGGAUAUGUUCGCACAGGUUACGCUUCGAGGAACUUGACCGACGUACUGACGGAGGUUUCCACCUAUGCAGGGUGGCUCUCCAAGAGCAAUCUGACUGCGAUGCAUGGAAUUUUCUUCGACGAAUCACCCCAUCAGUACUCCGCGGAAGCGGUCGACUUCAUGCUCCAGGCAACCAAGGCAGUCAAGGAGAGUGGAUUGUUGGGAAAGAAGACAGUAAUUCGCAACCCGGGCGUUAUACCUGAUUCACGCUUCAAUGACACGAACACCGACAUCUCCGUCGUUUUCGAGCAGUCGUUGGAGGAGUAUAAGACCAAGGAGCAAGCUUUGGCAGAGCUCCCCAGCCACAGGUCUCAAUACUCCUACAUGGUACACUCAGUACCUCUCGAGGACAAGAGCACGAUGCGUAAGUUCGUUGACGAAUUGAGCAAGAAGGCCCAGUACCUUUUCGUCACAUCCAAUGCCGAGCAAUACUACGAAAGCUUCGGAAGCGAUUGGGCACAAUUCACUGAGGUGGUGCCUCGAUGA